AGGUCAUCGGUAGGUCAUUUCGUGUGCAGAUGAUAACAACUGGUUUCUAGUAGAUUACUCAUCAAUUAGUUUGUUUCCUUAACGAAAGUUUAUUUUACGUGGACAAAAACUGGUGUUGUUGGUGAAAUCAAAAUCAAAUUCUCUUCUGUCAGUAUUUGAUAAUAGAAAGUUUGUACAUGACUUCAGUAGUUUGACAAAUAAGCUUAUAAUAUGUCGGUUAAAACAAGUUACAACUUCUCAAAUUAAUUACAAGUCAUCUAUCAUUCCAAUCAUUUUUAAGCUAUUUAACAGAAUUUCAACAUUCCAUGACAUUAAAUAACAAGUAAUAGCUGGUUUAUACAGAAAAAUUGCGCAAAAGUGAUACGUUUACUGUGCAAUUUGUGCAGUAAUUGUAGUGGGCACAAAAUGAGGCGAUCGAGAACCGAUCAAAAAUCAGGAUCAUGGAGUCAUAUGGAGAUCGAUUUAACAAAUAAAAAUUUACAAAGAACCAAAAAUUCAUCAUGUAGACGUAUUCGAUAUCGAUCAAAUUCAUUUAAUUCAUUUGCUUGUCAACAAAGUGAACAAAUGGCUGGGACAAUACAAUUAUUUUAUUUGUAUGAAGAUAAAAAUUCAAAGAAUAUGUACAACCUUGAUAAUUCAAAAGAAGACGUAAAGAAAUCACAAACAGCUGAAAGAAUGGUCGAUAAAAUUCACCUUAGUUUUAUAGAUCAUCCAGUUGGACAUGUAAAGAUUAAAAAUUUAAAUAAUUGGGAUUUUAACAUUUUUCAUUUAAAACGAAUAACUUGUAAUUAUACCAUUCGUGAUAUUGGUUUACAAAUAAUGAAUGAAUAUGAUUUAUUUCAUAAAUUAAAAUUGGACUAUUUCAUGAUGGCUAGAAUAUUCAGCUCUAUAGAAGCAGCUUAUCACAAUUUCAAUCCGUAUCAUACAGCGUUGCAUGCAGCCGAUGUACUACAAGCAAUGCAUUGUUUUAUAUCACGAAGUCACCUUCUGACCAUUUUAAGUCCGACAGAAAUUUUCGCUAGUCUAUUGGCAACCGCUUUACAUGAUGCUGAUCAUCCCGGUGUAAAUCAAUCCUAUUUAGAAAAGACAGGUGAUUUUUUGGUUGAUUUAUAUAAAUCGGUUUCUGUAUUGGAAAAACAUCAUGCAAAAUUUGGUUUAUGCAUUCUUCAAGAAAAUGGAUUAUCUAAUGCAUUAGAAUUAAAAGAUUGGGAAUUCGUGCGUGACUGUUUUUUAAAAUUAAUUCCAGCUACUGAUAUUACAUAUCAAGGAGUAUAUCAAAAACAAUUCAAAGAUUUAACAAACUAUCAUAUGGCUAAUCCAUCUUUAUCAUAUACAAUAUCUGAUCGCCUGUUAAUCAUGCAAAUGGCCUUAAAAUGUUCAGAUAUAAGUAAUCCCUGUCGAGUUUGGCCAAUAUGUAAAGAAUGGGCAUUACGUGUUUGUUGUGAAUUAUUUUGUCAAGGUGAUAGAGAACGUUUUCAAUGGUCAUUACAGCCUAUACCAACAAUGGAUCGCACAAAAUUUACUUUAGCAAGAAUACAAAUUGGAUUUAUUAGAGAUAUGGUGAAACCAUUAUUAACUGGAUGGCAUGAAUUUUUUCAAAAUAAUCUUACACUGAAAAUUUUACAAAAUUUAGAUGAAAAUUUAAAAAAUUGGCUAACUGAUUUGUCUUCAUCAUCAUCAUCAGGCAUAACAACUUAUGUUAAUCGUCAUAAUUCACUAGACAGUCAACUGACAUCAACAUUACCACUUAGUUUCAAUAAUAAUCAAUCUAUUUCAACAAUUCAUUAUUUAGAUCAAAUUAAACAAAAAACUAUCAAAUCAGAGAAAUUGGAUCAAAAAAAUAAAAUUGAUUUACAAAAACCUUUUAUAGGAUCAAUUCAUUUAACUAAUUCACCAAUUCAAGAAAUUGAUACAGUGAAUACAUGUGAAUCAUUUGAUUCCAAUAGUAAUAAUAAUAAUAAUUUACAUUCAGGGAAAUCACAUCAAACAAUAUUUAUUACAACACGUGUUAUUCGUCGACAUUCAUUACCGGAAACACAACUAGCUAUUAGAAAAACAUUCAAUUUUUCAUUAUCAAAUAAAUCAAGUACUGUUGUUCUAUUAAAAAAUGAUACACAGAAUAUGUUGUCAUUUCAUUCAAGAAAUAAUCAUAUUAAUAUACCAAUUAGUAAGAUUAAAUCUCAAUCCUCUACCAUUAAAUCAUCAUCAUCAUCUACAUGUACAGUAUCUGCAAAUAUAUUACACAUGUUAUAUGAAGAAUUAAAAAAUAAUAAACCAAAUUAUUUGUCAUCGAAAAUUGAUUUAAAAUCAAUUCCAAAUACAAUACGUUGUAAAGAUAAUAAAUUAUUAGAACAAAAAGUGUUAGAUUUAAAUUAUGAUCGUACAGUUUUACGAUUUUCUGCACUUGCUCAUCGUCGUAGUAGUGCACCAAUUACAGAACAUUAAUAUUUACAUAUAUAUAUAUAUAUAUAUAUAUAUAUGCAUAUUGUUUGUAUGAUCAGUAAUACCGUUUUUAUUAUUAUUUACUAUAUAUUCGCACUGGAUUUAGAUUGAUUGAUUCAAUCUUCACUCAGUAACAUUAAUAAUAACGAUACUACUACUACUACUACUAGUACUGAUACUAUUAGCGCUAUUAGUAUUCAGUCAAUCAUGUACUUUAUCUGUACAGAAACUAAUAAUAAAUAUUUAUGUAAUUUUUUUUAAAAAAAAGCAUUGUCAAAGUGAAAGCAAAUCUAUGACUUCAUAGUUAUAGCAUUUAUUUUAACAACUAAAUGAAUUGUCGAUUUCAAUUGCAAUUUGUCUAUUACAAUUCAAUAAGUCAGGAUGGUACAAUUAAUGAUCUACAAAUACUUAAACAAACUAAAUUUGGAUCAUAUAUGAAUUCUAUAGAUCUUUUGUACGGGUUGAGAUAAAGCCUUACAUCCAUCAUAGUCGAUAGCUUAUGUAGGAAAUUAAGAGAAUAAAACACAUAAAUGUAUUCAUCUUCAUGCCAGUUUAUAUGAGUGUACAUGUUGACCCAAUAAAUAGUUUGUUUUGUCAAAUAAAUAAAAAAUAAAUAAACAUUAAAUUUUCCGUAAGAUUUCAUUCGAUUCAUUCAUUUUUUAGUUAUAAUUAUUCAAACAUUUUUUUUGAAAUUGUACGUAUCUUUGCUUGUAUACAUCUGUUAAUGUUGAUUGUUUAUAACAAAAUAAAAAUGAAAAUAGAGUAACAUCUUAAAACAACAAAGAAUCUUGCUCAAUUUUAACUCAUUUCUUUUUCUUCUUUUUUUGUUUUGAAAAUCAUCUAUAUUUCAAAGUGUUGUUCUUUACAAACAUUUCAUAAGUACUCUUCAAUUCAUCUGGACAACAUAAUGUCAUAUAUAUAUAUAUAUAUAUAUAUAUAUAUAUAUAUAUAUAUAUAUAUAUAUGAUAACAAGGAGACAAACUAACUUGUUUUUGCAUACAAGCCUUAGUAACAUACGUAAAGUACAUUUCUAUUCAGGUAAACAUAAUGUUUCCUUUUUAAGUGAUUAGGAGAUAUAUUUAUUUAUUUAUUUAUUUAUUUAUUUAUUUAUUUAUUUAUUUAUUUAU